UACACGUAACAGAAACGCCCACACCGAAAGGACCAUCAGGACCUAUCGAGCCCAAACUCAACCGGGCCAACUCUGGCUUGUGGGCUCGAGCCUCAGGCCCAGGGAAGAGACCAACUCAACAAAGUGGAGGAAGUUCUCUGCGGGGUUCGCGGCUGAGGGAAGUCUUCUUAUUUCGUACUUAUCUGGUUCGGAAGUGCACGUUGGCACCAAGAAAAAAAGAAACCUGAUCCUGAGCACCGACGGGUGGGGUAGAUCAGAUUUUACUCUUCUUCCUUUUUUGGACUUCUAGUAAAGCCUCGGUUGGUGGAGCCACCGGGCUCGUGCCUAACCUCGGUGGUCGAAUCCCAGAGGAGACAGUAACCCGAAUUCGAGAGCCAGAGAAAAGGCCAUCCCCUACCACGUUUUUGCCAUUUCACCGACCCUGUUAGGAUAAAGGUUCUUCUCAAACUGUGGUCCCUAACAAGUUCUCCCCUCUCUUCCAUCUCUCAGGUUCCUCGCUCUCUGGUCAAGCGCCGAGGCACCACCAGCGCCAUGGCGCAGGCAAGCCCGUCGGAUACUCCACCUUCACGGCCCUCUUCUUGAGGGAAUUGUAUUCCACCAACCACCGCGGUUGCUGGUGGUAUCUGCUGUGCCCGUGGAGAUCGUCGCCGGUGAUGCCGCCUCGCCUUGGAGAUCUACCACCGCCACCACUAUCGCCACUCUCUCAGGCCCCGAAUCGGAAGCCACCGCCGACCCCAAUCACCGUCUUGACCGCUGCCAACACCAACUAUCGGUGUGUUUCCAUGUUCGCACAGUUCACUAUCGCUAACGUGGGACCGUCUUCAGUUUCUGCUAUCGGUUGCAUAUCCCUGUGCGUGAGAUCCUAAACCGGCAGUUGCCACGAGUCCGCGACCACCAUCGCUACCGCCGCCGUUCCUGCGUAAAGAUGCCAUCGGAGUCAGCCACCGCCGGCACCUCCUUCUCCCCGCCCAGAACGCACCUCCACGACCUGCCGGACGCGAUUCUCUCCAUCAUCUUCUCCCUGGUGACGGACACCCGAAGCCGCAAUUCCAUGUCACUCGUCUGCCGGAAAUGGGCGGUGGCUGACCGCUCUUCCCGCACCACCCUCACCCUCCGUGGCAACGUCGGAAACCUCGAUCGUCUCCCUUCCUGCUUCCGCAGCGUCACCAACCUCGACCUCUCGUUCUGCUCCCCAUGGGGCCAUCCUCUCUUCCUCCCGGACCCCCUUUCCGAGGGCGCCCAUUUCGUCGCCCGCUUCCUAGCCCAGCACUUCCCCAAUAUCACCUCCCUUACCUUCUACUCCCGCCACCCUGCCACCGUCCAGAUCCUCGCCUACUAUUUCCCUUCCCUUCGCUCCGUCAAGCUCGUCCGCUUCCAUCAACGCAUCACUGUGCCCGCCGGCGCUGACCUAAUCCCGCUUUUCGCUCAUUGCCCCUCCCUCUCCUCCCUGGACCUCUCGCAUUUCUACUGCUGGACGGAAGAUAUCCCGGCGGCCCUUCACGACCAUCCUGCUUCAGCAUUGGCCCUCACCCAUCUGAACCUCCUCAUCCUCUCCACAGAUGGUUUCCAAUCCCAGGAGCUCCAGGCCAUCGCCGUUGCUUGUCCCAAUCUCCUCCACCUCCUGGCCUCUUGCCGCUUCGACCCUCGCUUCGUUGACUUUGUUGGCGAUGCCGCCCUGCUCUCCAUCGCCACCAAUUGCAACAAGCUCCGCCACCUUCACCUUGCAGAUGCUUCCUCUCUCUCCUCCCCGCGCUCCGACCCUGAUGCUGAUGGGUUCUCGCAUGAGGACGCCAGAAUCAGCGCCCAAGCGCUGGAGGAGAUGUUCAUCGCUCUGCCGGACCUCGAGGACCUCACCCUGGACGUCUGCCACAAUGUCAGGGGCGCCGGCGUGGCGCUGGAGGUGCUCGGUUCCAAGUGUCGUCGUCUGCGGUCGCUGAAGCUCGGACAAUUUCAUGGCAUUUGCAGAGGCGAUGCGCCUCGCUCGGAUGGGAUUGCGCUCUGCAGGGCCUUGGAGUCGCUCUGCAUCAAGAACUCAGGCGACCUCACUGAUCUUGGGUUGAUCGCCAUUGCCCGCGGCUGUCCUCGCCUCUCGAAGCUCGAAAUCCAUGGGUGCCAUGGCAUCUCUAGCUACGGCGUCAUGAGCAUGGUUUGCUGUCUGAGGAAGACCUUGGUCGAUGUAGGGAUAUCGUGCUGCAAGCAGUUAAAUGCGGCAAGCUCGCUGCAGGCACUGGAGCCAAUCAGGGACAGGGUAGAACAUCUGCACAUUGAUUGCGUUUGGGGCGCGCCCGACUCCGAGGAUGCAGCGGAGAAGAAGGACACUCGAGAUUUUGAUCUGAAUUACAGCUCGGAAGCGAAUGAAGACCAUGGAUUUGCCAAUGGCGGAACUGAGUAUCGUAACCAUGGACCCAGGAGAAGUGAGGCUGAUGGCCCCAUGAAGAAGAAGUGGAAGUGCAGUUCUGGUUGCGAGAGUAGCAAUAAGGCAGGAAGCGAAUUCUGGUCAAAGACAUGGCCUCGUCUGCGCUCACUAUCACUGUGGAUAGCAGUGGGGGAGCUUCUAAUGCCACUCGCCGCAGCAGGUCUGGCGUACUGUCCGGCGCUGCAAGAGAUGAAGAUCAAGGUGGAGGGUGACUGCAGGCUCUGCGCCAAGCUCACCAUGCCAGCAUUCGGUUUGAAUUCGCUGGUGCGGUUCCCCCGUCUCUCAAAGAUGAAUCUGGAUUGUGGGGAGGUGACUGGCUACGCGCUGAGCGCGCCGGUCGGGCAGAUGGAUAUUAGCCUGUGGGAGAGGUCCUAUCUGAAUGGGAUCGGAGAACUGGCGCUCAAUCAACUGGAUUACUGGCCUCCCCAAGAUAGGGAAAUGAACAGUAGGAGCCUUACGCUCCCGGCAGUAGGCCUGAUUUCGGAAUGUGUCACGCUGAGGAAGCUUUUCAUACAUGGAACAGCUAAUGAACAUUUUCUGAAAAUGUUGCUGAGGAUCCCAAAGCUCCGGGAUAUGCAGCUCAGGGAGGACUACUACCCUGCGCCAGAGAAUGACAUGAGCACGGAGAUGAGAGUGGACUCUUGCUUACGGUUUGAGAAUGAGCUGAAUCGCCGUUCUCUCCUUGACUGAGCGAUAGAGAUUCAUAAGACAUAACAGAGGCGAUUCGAUGGCAUUUUCUCCUUUCUGUUUCCCCUUCUCUCUGAUCCUGCUUCUGUAGAAGUUGUUUUAGCACAGUCGAACAGUUUUUUGACCCUGCGGAGAGGGUGUAACAAAAGUACAGAGUAUCCAAAAUAAAGUCUCGUGUGAAAAUAUAUUGAUGAUGCAGCUGAGUUAGGAUGAGGCGUUGCAACCUUGUACCGGCAAGAUUCAUUUGGACAAUAUAAUCACACUUCUUUUUUAUUUUUAACAUGGAGAAUAUCAAAGCCUCCGUUGCACAUCUGUACCUAGGAUUCAAAGGAUUGGAGGAGAAAGAGGAUUUCACCUUGGUAUCUCUUGUCGAAUUGGAGGCCUCAUACGUCGCUAGCGGACGUAGAAGCGCUGCUGAGGUUCCUGUUCUUGGAGAGAUGCAGCUCGGGAAGCUUAUUAUGGUGCACGGGAAAUAUUUUGAACAUCCAGAUGAGCAUGGUCUCCGGCGUUGUAGUGAAGAUGAGUUAUUUCCAGCUGAGUGAUGAACCGGAAGCCGAGAUUGAGGUGAACUCCAUGAAAACAGAGAAAAAUGGAACCCAGUGAUGCUGCUAUUGCGAGAAAUUUGUCACAUUCGAAGUCGUCUUCUUCCCUCGAAAAAUAAAUUUGGGUAAUUCGUCGAGUUUUUGUGGGAUUAUCGGCUGAUUCUUUGUACUUGUUUAGUCAAAAUGUAAUUCCUUGUAACUGCUUCAGUGCAUGGAGGACUUUUUAUGUCCCCUUUUGUCUUCCAAAUUCCAGUUUCAUCUCAAAACUUCGUCUUUGCUUGA